AUGUCCAAGGGCCAGUUUCUCAGAGAGUACAAGCUCGUCGUGGUCGGCGGUGGUGGUGUCGGGAAGUCUGCUUUGACGAUUCAGUUCAUCCAAUAUGACCCGACUAUUGAGGAUUCAUACCGGAAGCAGUGCAUCAUCGACGAGGAGGUCGCACUGCUGGAUGUUCUGGACACAGCCGGACAGGAGGAGUAUGGCGCCAUGAGGGAGCAGUAUAUGCGGACUGGCGAGGGAUUCCUCUUGGUCUACUCGAUAACUUCUAGAAGCAGUUUCGAGGAAGUAUCGACUUUCCACCAGCAAAUCCUCCGUGUCAAGGACAAGGAUUACUUCCCCGUUGUUGUUGUCGCCAACAAGUGCGAUUUGGAGUAUGAGCGUCAGGUACAGCCUCACGAGGGCCGGGACUUGGCCAAACGCUUCAAUGCGCAGUGUAUCGAGACAUCCGCCAAGCAGCGGGUCAACGUAGAUGAGGCGUUCAUUGCUGUUGUCAGGGCUAUCAGGCGGUAUCAGAAGGAAUCCGGACCCCCUCAAGCACCUCUGGCGCCCGGCAAGUCCCAGCCCAGCGGUUCUGGCGGCAGACCCGCCGCGCAGGCAGACGACCACGUCGAUAAGGGAUGCUGCGGCAGCUGUGUUAUCCUUUGA